AUGGCUGUGUUCAUAGAGCCUGCUGUGGCUGUACACUUAGCGGCGGAAGCUUCUAGCUCUGAGAUCCUGGACCACACAGAUGACAUGGCCAUGCUAUCAAUCCAAGGGCCGAACAGCAGGGCCAUUCUACAGCAGCUGAGUGACACAGACUUCAGUGAUGCAGCAUUUCCUUUUUCUUCACACAAAGUGAUCACAAUAGCUGGCCACAAGGCAAGGGCACUUAGGUUGUCCUUCGUUGGUGAAAUGGGUUGGGAACUCCAUGUACCUAACGAGUCAGCAGUUGCAGACUACAAGGCAGUGAUGGCGACUGGGGAGGCUCCCCAGUCGCCAUCACUGCCUUGUAGUCUGCAAGGGUUAGUCAAUUCUGGCUAUCGAGCCAUUGACUAUCUAUCUUGUGAGAAGGGCUAUCGCCACUGGCAUGCUGAUAUACGGCCUGAUGACACACCCCUUGAGGCUGGCCUUGCAUUCACCUGCAAGCUUAAGACAGAUACAAAUUUUCUUGGGCGCCAAGCCAUUGAGCGUCAGAAAGCAGAGGGCAUCAGGAAAAAGCUCGUGACUUUGACCCUGAAUGAUCCAUCAAAGCCUCUGUGGGGUCUUGAGGGAAUCUGGCGAAACAACGAAGUCCUAGGGUAUGUGAGACGCGCAGAAUAUGCCUUCUACCUUGGCCGUGCCAUAGCAUAUGGCUAUGUUGAGCGGCCAGAUGGGGAGCGGAUCACCAGCGACUUCCUUAAAAGUGGCUCUUGGCAGCUCGAAGCUAUGGGAACUAUGCUUGAUGCUUCGCUUCAUGUUCGGUCGCCAUUUGACCCCAAGAAUUUACGCGUGAAAGGGCUAUAUAGUGAAGCCAGCUAAAUAGUCUUAAGUUUUCAACUACUGGCUAAACGUUGUUG